AUGGAGGUGGAGAUUGGAGAGAUGCUGCCGAAAGCCAAGUGUUAUCAGGAGUCACAGGAAGCUGGAGGAGACACCGAGCUGCCCGCUAAUUCCACCUCCUGUAAGAAACCUCCUCUCCGAGGCGAAGCUGCGAACCCCCGCACCCUUUCUCCCACGGUCGGGAGGCUGCGAGGCGGUAGUGGAGGUACGCGGACGCAGGCAGGCAGACAGGCACAGUCAGCUGGGAAGGACUGCAAAUCUUAUUUUCUUUUCCAUUUUCUCUCCAACGGCCCGGAGCUAGUGCUUGUGGCUCCCGGGCUGGUGUUCUGGGGAGCGCCAGAAGAGCCCCUUCUCCAGCCGCCCCCAGGCGGAGAGAGCCCAGCUGCGCUAGCGCUGCUGACGGCGUGGAGAGCGGCCACUGUCCGCCCGGGGAAGUCCGGAGAGCGGCUGCAGCGGCAAGAAGUUUCCCGGCCAGGAGGACAGGAGACAAGUGGCCGCCGGGUCCCGGAGCGAACUUUUGCAAAGCUUUCCUUUGCAAAGGAAGCUGCCGCGGCGGCGGUAGAAAAAAGGAGGCGGCGGAGAGAGGAGGACGUGCGCUCCGCUUCGCUCGAACCGGUUGCUGAACUUGGGCGAGCGCGAGCCGCGGCUGCCGGGCGCCCCCUCCCCCUCGCAGCGGAGGAGGGGACAGUCUUCGGAGUCGGGACGGCGGAGACCCGCCGCCGGCCGGCCACCGCGGGGUUCGCGCUACCUGCUGCCGCCGGGAAGCGAGUUCGUCCGCGGGCUCCGAGGAACCGCUGGGCCCGAGAGAGCUCCGGGAGUGACCGCGACUUUUCAAAGCCGUGCGGCGCGCGCGAGCGGACAAGUAAGAGCGCGGGCGGCGUCCUAACCCUGCGAUCCUCCGGAGCGAGCCGGUGA